CGCAGCGAUUGUGUCGGGCUUCUCUGGCGGCUGAAGGUUGUCAGCUCGAGUCAGCUCGCUGGGAAAAGGUGAUAAUGCGGCAAAGCGAGAUCAUGGCCGUCCCAUCUAUAUAGGCUAUACGGGGAAAUCCUUGUCCAUUGCUCAGUCUUCCACUCACUAUAUAUGUCUGGCCAUUGCUGUCUGGGGCAGCUGCGAUUUUACCAGCGACAUGUCAUUGCGAUUUAUCCAACCUAAAAACCCAAAUUCUGUCUGUCAUUCACUUUGUCCAGUAACCCCAUUCAUUUCAGCUGCAGUAGAUUUGUUUCCAUUCAUAUUGUUCCUCUUGUCCCAUCCCAGCAGAUGCUUUUCCCCCUAAAUCUCAUAGAGACAGUCUGGCAAUUUAUUAUAUAUGAUCAAGGGGUUUAUUAUGCCCCUUAUAUUCCAGUUUCAGAUCUCUCUCAUUUUAGUACUUUGUAAAAUUGUCUGCAGGGAAAGCAUUGCCCUCUGGGCACCUGAAUGUUGUGUAAGUGGAUUAGGGCAACGUUCCCUGGUCCCAGAUGUGGUCCACAUGUUGUUCCAGAAGUCAUCUAAGGACACGCCACCUGAACAACACAAGCUCCCAUGUCUCCUGUCAUUAUUCACGUACAGCAAUACAGGUGCCACCUUGUCAGCAACACUGGCCUAUUCCCCAAAUUACACAUGCCUUCAUUUAAAAGGGAAUUUAGUUUGGGCAAGUGGAAUGUGCAUUGAAAGAGAUGUGUUUAAGAUUGUAUGGAGGAACACAAGGGUAAUGGCAGUGUUGAAUGAGCAGAGUUUGCCCCUGACUUGUUUCCCAUUCACAUAUGGCACAUUCUAGAACUGCUGCUAAAAUAUAACCCAGGGUGAAAACCAUCCGAUAUAUAAAUAAGAAAAAAAAAAGCACCGGUGAGAGCGAAGUCAGCAUUGUAGGGUUCGAACAAGAAGCCUUUGUAGUUGGGCUAAUGACAGAUUUUGCCCCUAGGAACUGCUGAUUUUCCUUGGUAAUCACGAGGCAAAGGGCUAGUUCUCAAGAAAGUCCCUGACGUUAGUCGGCCCUUUCUUUGUAACUCUCUAACAGGAAUGUUCAGGCUAUUUCAAUCACAAGCUUAUGUAGAUCAUUAAAACAUUUAAACACCGCUUUUUAAGGUAGAGUGUUCUUUUAAACAUUUAAAUAUAUAUUCGGAUGUGAAAUGUUGGUGGAUUACCAGUGAACUUGGUGCUAGGAUUAUGACUAUGACUUUCCAGACUACAAUUCCCAGCAUCCCCUUUAGCAGUUGGAAUGCCAAAGAUAGUCUGUACCUGAUGCUACUAAAAUUUUUGUGAAAAUCCGCUGAAUAACUGGCCAGAUUUCAGGCAUUCUUUUAUUCUGGGCCAAAAGGAUCUAUGUAUGGCAAGAAAAGUUUCAGUAUUUAUAAAUCAGUUUACUCAACAUCUGGCUAUUACUGUGGUCUAAAUAUUUGAUGUAGUUUAAAGGCACUGUUUUCAUUUGACUUUAAGUCAGAGGAUCAGCGGUGCUUCUCCUGCUGUGGAUGCUGGGAGUUGUAGUUCAUAAAGCACAGUAGAGCUUUAAAUUAGUAGCAGAUCAGCGGUGCUUCUCCUACUGUGGAUGCUGGGAGUUGUAGUUCAUAAGCACAGUAGAGCUUUAAAUUAGUAGCAGAAUGAUCUUUUUAGAGGUGGAGAAAUCUGUAGAGUUGAGCUGCAGGGUGUGCAGGCAGUGAAUGGGUUAAGGGCUGGGGAGGGAGGCUUCCAUGGAAUUCUACCUCUGGCUUACAGUACAAUGGAACUACUCUGCCACGGCGCAUUCACAGGAACUGCAAUCAGCUUAAAUGCUUGUUUUGAAAUCAAUGUCUGUGUGCUGGAUUAGCUGUAAAAAUGGCUGUGGGGAAUUGUUUUCUCAGAAUGUCUUCUGGCUCCUUGAGCAUUUACUGAUGCAGUCAAUAAGUAGAUCCCGGCUCUGGGCGAAAGGGCUGAAUUCUAAAAAAGCCAGGCGCAGGGGAGGUCAAGUCAAUCAAGUAGGAUUUAUUGAACUGUAGAAGACACUAAAGCAUCUAUCGAUAGGAAGCAAUUUAGUUUUCGACCAUUUUCCGAGACCUCGGCACAAAGCCCUGAGUAACAGGAAAGAGGGCUCGCGUGGGGGGGGGCGGAUUUGGCUUUACCAGGAACUCAGCCUCCUCACCGUCGGCUAUUGUGACACAAACAGAAAGCUGCUAUUAAUGCCAAUGAGAACAGCCACUAAAGACUAAAGCAGUGCACUAAAGCAGCACUAAAGCAGUGCGGGUGGAACAGACGCUAUGGAAGACCACAUCGGUUGGUCUGGUCUAUAGGAUGGUAGCACACAGUAAGGUGGAAGCAGAUAAUGCAGUUGCAGAUAGAAGAUCUCCGCACCUGGAAGCUUCAGUCUCUGAUCGUUCACAAAUCCAACCUGCCAGAGCACUCCAUCCCAGCCCAGGACGUGCCACUCCUGCUUUGCUGCUCAGUGAUACCCACUUCCGCACCUUCCGCUCACACUCGGAUUUCACUGUCAUCACCAAGACCAGUAGCAUGCUGGAUACUUGCGGCUUCUACUGGGGACCUAUGGAUGUCAACGUGGCUCACGACAAGCUCAAAUCGGAGCCCAUAGGUACCUUCCUCAUCAGGGACAGUAAACAAAAGAACUGUUUCUUUGCAAUCAGUGUUAAAACAGCCAGGGAAACUGUCAGCAUCCGGAUUAAGUUUCAUGCUGGUAAAUUCAGCCUAGAUGGCAGCAAAGAGUUGUUCAGUUGCCUCUUUCAGCUGGUGGAACAUUACAUGACUUCUCCGAAGAAGAUGCUGGUUUCUCCUUUAAGGAAAGUCAGGUUACGACCUUUGCAAGAACUCUGCCGAAAAAGCAUCUUAGCGACUUUUGGGAGGCAGAACCUGGACAGUAUCCCCUUGAACAGGGUGUUAAAGGACUACCUAAAGUCUUUCCCGUUUCAGAUCUAACGCAGGGCAUUAACGACCCGGGACACAAGAACUAAACGUGUUACAAACGCCGCCUCCGUGGAUUAUUUUUUAAAACCUUAUUUAACUGUGGUCAAGUUUAUUUUUGUAGCAAUUUAACUGUAUUUUGGGAUGAAACUUGAACACUUGACUUUUAAUGUUUACAUGAAAAUAUUGUUUGCACAAAGUAACAAGGUGAAUAACCCCUUGAAAUUUGUGUCUGCUGUGCAGAACACUAUUUUAUUACAUUUUAAGUAAUUAACUUUAAUAAACUUUAUUAUGAAAUAUUCAGAAA